AAAAUUACAAAAAGCGAAGUGAGGGGAGGGGAGUAUUAGUACCUUACUUAGGUACCUUUGAUUUGGUAAUUUGCUUUACCUAUCAAGUACUUAAAAAAACAACUUUUGUUUUGUAAAUAAGAAAUAGAACCUAGGCACUUAAUUUAUUCUAGUUUGUGUGAAAACAAUAUUAUUCUCCAAAUUACAAUAAGUACGUAUAUCGCACGCAAUAACAGACAGCGACAGCUAUGUCGUCUUUUCAUGAAAGACAAAAGAAUCUUUUCAACCUUCUGAAAGAUGCUGAAGAUCAGUAUGGGUUUUCCAAAACGAAUAAGAUCACAGACGCGCCCGACUAUGGUGUGAUUGACAGGAGAACAUACAAAAGACUUAAGAGUGAAAUGAAACAAUUCAGAGGAAAAGAAAGUAUAUUUAAGAAAAAACAAGAUGCUAACAUACGCGAAUGCCUUCGGGCUCGAACUAUCCCAGAUCAUGUCAAAAAUCCCAAGAAAUAUGUCUAUUAUUCAUUAUCAGAUGUAACACCUGAUCAGUUGUCGGAUGCGACAAACACUGCAACAGCUCUAGCCUUGAUUCGACAGAUGGAAGACCAAGAAGCAGAAAAAUCUAAAAUGGAUGAUGAUGAUGACACAGUUUUCAAAAAGCCUACAUUUCGUGUUUCUUCAGCUGUAAAGAAAGAACUCCCUACACAAGAUGCAAGGACUAUAUUGAAAAACAAUAAAAUUAUUAUGCCUGAAUAUAUUGUAGGAGUUUCUCAAAAGAAAGAGAAGAAAGACAAAGCUAUUAGAAGGACAUCUCAAGAAUGCACUGAAACAAAAGCACAACUGAAGCUGAAUCAUCUUUAUGAUGAUGAUGAUGAAGAAACUUAGGUUAUACUUAUAUUAAUAAAUAUUGUAAAUGAAGAUUUUUUUUUAUGUGGGCAACAGUUAUUUAGAAACAAAAUAAAAAUCAUUUAAAUAUUCAGUCAGCAUUCCUGACACAUAUCAACCCAGACAAUAAUAUAUCAACCCAUUUUGAUGUACAUGCUGUAGCAGCUCUUUUUAAUAAUAUCACUAGCUACAUCUGCUUUAACCCAGUGCAUAAGGUCCAUAGUAACCUAAUGUAUACAGUAUCAUUUCGGCCAUAGUACCAACCAGCACCAGGACCAUUACAGCACUUUAAUAUCCUACAUCUUAAUUCCCAUGUAUCAAUAAAGCAAAAACAUACAUACAAGAGUAAACUAGCUGUACUACUAUACUAAUACAGUAACCCUAAGUCCAGUAUUCUGAGUUCUGACAUGCUGUUGAUAUGCAAGGUAUUAAAUUUUAUUGCUCUGUAACACAAAUUUUGUUGUAGUUUUGAAACACUAGUUUGACAGGUCUGCAAAAGGCUAAAUAAAAGAAUUAUAAGUUCA